UUCGCGUUUACUGUACAAUUGCAGCACAGCGUCAUACCGAUCACAUAUGUGCCGAUGUAAAUCGAUAAAUGAAAUCAAUUACAGAAAACAGACCAUUUCACAAUGUCGUAUCAAUUACGCGAAUAAAAAACUGAGUGACAGUGAAAAUUUUGAGGAGGAUAAAAGUGACGAGCAUAACCUUCCUUCUGCUUUUGCGACUAAGUACAAAGUGUUCAGGGAUGAGGAUGCACCGGUGAUAUUUGAUGUUAACGAAGAGAAAAAAAGAAUUGCUCUUAGUGAGCUACAUAUCACAGAGACAGACCAAGAAGAUCCUUACGCUGAUAUUAACUUGACUCGUGGUACAACCGGAGUUUACGAGAUUGAAGAUUUAGUUGAAAUUUUACAAAAAAAUAAUGCCAGGCAACUUUUUGUUGCAUUAGUACCCAAAGAGAGCAGUUAUGUCGAUUAUAUAGUAGUGGUGACUGGGAAAUCUUUCAGGCACAUGCUAGCUCUUGCCACGACUAUUCGUAAAAUAUUCAAGCUAAAAAUGAAUAAAAAUGAUCAAAUUCCUAGAAUAGAAGGUGAAAACUCUAAAGAGUGGGUUGCAAUGGACCUAGGUAACAUUGCACUUCAUAUAUUUUCUCAAGAGGCGAGAAAGAAGUAUGAUUUAGAAACUCUUUGGGCUGUUGGCCCUCAACAUGAUGACUUGUGCAAUCAGAAGGAUGAUGAAGAUAUCAUGGACAAAUAUAAGUCGUUUUUGAAAGACCUACAGCCUGCUGAAUAA